AGUGGUAAAUUAGGAGUGGUGCGUUCUUAAAUGCCUCUUUAAGCACACCGAAAGCCACUUUCAUUCUUCGCCAGCCUUGCACUCUCAUUCUUGCACCCUCCCCCAUCAUCAUCAUCUUUUCCUCACACUCACUAAAAGUUCUUCGUGCUCCCUCGCCAAACCCUAAGCCAUUAGAACCGCCCUUUCCAUUUCUCUCUCUCUCCCUCCUCCAUUAAUCUUCUCCACAACUUCAACUUACUCACAGCCCAACAAUGGCGUCUUUCCGAACUCUCAUUGUAUUCUCCCAUGCCGUGCUCAUACUCCUCUCGUUUGCUAGGCGAGAGGCGGCGAGCUCUGCGGCGGCGCCGUCACCUUCGUCAUCACCUCCCCCGGCGGAUUGCAUGUCGGAGCUACUUUCCGGCUGCCUGGCUUAUGUGCAGGCGGGAAGCACCUUAGCGAAGCCGGAUGCUUCCUGCUGCUCGCCUCUGAAGAAGGUAGUGAAGGAGAAGCCGUCCUGCCUUUGCCAAGCGUUCGGCUCCGGAUCUUCAUUUGGCAUCAGCCUUAAUGCGACGAAAGCCCUCUCUUUGCCUUCUGCUUGUAAUGUCAAGACCCCCAAGUGCAAGUUAGCUGUGGGUGGUGCGCCUUUGGGAGCUCCUGUUCACGCACCUGGAACAUCACCGGAAAGCUCUCAGUCGGCUACUGGCCAAGGCUUAUCCCCGGUGUCUUCACCAUCUCAGCCAUCCUCAGCUGCUGCCAUCUUCCUCCCAGUUCCACUCAAUGUUCUAUUUCUUUCUGUUCUACUGCUUUCAGUAAGUUCUUUCCUUACCCUUUGAGUUAUUUAAUCUGUUGCUUGCUGUGGCUUUUGAGUCUGUGCUUAUAUUGACAAUGUAGUAUGGUGAUCUAUGAGGUUUUUGUGUUUGCAAGCAAUAUUCAUUUGAUUUGGUUGUUUUGUAGUAGAAACCAAGGGAGAAAUUAGUGUCUUGUGAAUCUUAUGAAUAUGCAUUUAUUAACA